GGAAGUAGUGAGUCACAUUUGGCUUUACGGCAUUUACGGUUCGCGGUUUCGGGUGCAAGUGGGGUGUAAGCUGACGGCUUUCGCGUAGGAUGACUGACUGCCUCGCUGUGUUCGUGUCGUAGUUUCCGCCGGUAUUGUAGUCGACCGAUAGCGGCAUUAAAGAUGACUUCCCCAAUCUACAAUCCGCCCCUUCCAUAUGUUGGACCCGUACCGGGCGGUGUUCUCUCCGUCGGCACGCUCAUUCGCAUCCAAGGCACUCCACACCACUCUGCAAGAUGUUUUGCCAUCAACCUCCAGUGCGGACCGAACGUACAUCCACGCGACGACAUCGCACUGCACCUGAGUCCCGUCUUUUCGCCUCCGCCGCGCAUCGUGCGCAACUCAAUCCAGGCCCAGCAGUGGGGGCCCGAGGAGUCGCACGGCGACCCGUUUCCGCUCGUCGCGGGCCAAAGCUUCGAGAUCCUGGUGCUCGUUGAACACGAAUACAAGAUUGCCAUCAACGGCAAGCACUACGCCGAGUUCCAGCACCGCAUUCCAAUUCAGCGGGUCACCCACCUGACCAUGGACGGUGACACAACAAUCAGCCUGGUUCAGUUCGAGGGAGUCCCAUCGAUGCCACUGGGACCUGACAUGCACAUGCCGAUGCCAAUGCCAGUGGCUCCUCCUUCUGGGCGGGUGUCCCCGUACGGCGAUGCAAGGUUCGGCGCCCCAUACCCUCCGCAAGCAGGCUACCCGCCUCCACCAGGUGGUGGUUACUACCCACCUCCGGCUGGUGUGCAGCCUGCGUAUCCUGGAGCAGGUUACCCCUCUGCGGGUUACCCAGCACAUGCCUCAGGAGUGCAGUAUUAUCCACAUCCUACGGACCAGAAGCACGGCUCCGGCUUGGGCGGCUUGGGAACUGGCUUGGGAGCCGGAUUGGCAGCCGGCGCUGCUGCUCUUGCAGGCUCGUCACUCCUCAAGCACGGGAUGGGUCACAAGGCGGGCUUGGUGCCGGCUGUGGCGGGAGCCGCCAUGUCUUCGGGCCUACAUCACAAGUCUCACGGACACAAGCCCAAGUCUAGCAUGCCACUUCCCAUCGGUGCCGGCACACUUGGAACAGGGCUUGCUGUCGGCGCUACGGCACUCGCCGGUGCAGCUUUGGCAAAAAAGCUGAAGCCCAAGAAGAUGUUCAAGCACAAGUACAAGCACGGCUGGAAAGGGUGGAGCAGCAGCAGCAGCAGUUCGAGCUCAAGCGAAGAAGAAUGAACGACAUGAACUCCACAUUUCUCAAGAAGCAGCGACGGGUGUCGUCAGCCAGGUUCUCUUGUACUUCCGCAAUGUCCUGUGCACGUACAGCUGCACGCUAUGUCAUUUUUCAAUGCCUCGUGGCCUAAAAAAGAACUUCUGUGAUGAAAGUCGUAAUCCCAUUCACUCCAUUGUACUUGAAAAAGCGUGGUCUGAGACGUGAAUUGGCAAAGCUCUGGUUCUGACAAACUACCUACUCAGUAUAUACGUCCAGGAACAAUAUAGCAGGCACUACGAUCGCAGUACUGUACUAGCACGAUACUAAACAUCCUGAAUGUGCCGAGCUAGCUUAGCUGGUGCGAGGCUUGCGUCUUCCGGACUGCGUACAAGCGUAGUGUUCCGGAGCACGUGGCCCAUCUGAAACAACUGAUGGCAAGUUGUCUCUUGUACAGCUUUCUGUUUCUUCGAGCAUGGCUGCUGCAAACUUUCACACCACAUCGAACAAGAACCUGGAUUCUGUUUGGUGUAGAAGUGCUGUGGCUAACCACUUGUCCUUUUAAAUGCUUCUCUACAUUAGCUGCUUGUUGUGACUUUCAUAAAUGCUUCUGCAAUGUCCGUGAAAUAAUUAGUUGCUUGAAACAAGGGCCCUCCAGUCUAUUGCCUUUAAUAAGAAGCAUAAAGCAUGUGAUGAAGGUGGCCUUGGAUUUUCCAGGAAGCGUAAUUAUGAUUAUGUUUAAGUAGACUGGUAGUUGUGGUACUCAAGAUAGUGCAAAUGUCAAAACGUGUGAUGACUAGAAAUCGUUAUUCAGAGCCACUGCUAUCACAAUGUUUGCCACGCCUCAGGCCGGCAAUACUGACCCGAUCACAACAACAUUGACAUUACAUUGGUGUCACCUGGCAGAAUUGUAGUUGUUUUCACUGGUGCGCCAAUGUUGGAAAUUAACUUGCAUAAUGGCAAAGAUAGUGUGUUCCCUUAAUUUUUCUUUCUAAGUGCCGAACUGAUCUUGAAGAAAAUUGCUUCCACCACACAUAUGUUAACGCUGUGUUGCCGUGUCACAGUCCAAACGUCAUGCAGUGUUAGCAUAUCACACAGAGCCAAUCUUCUGUCUACUAGCGGCCACGGUAGCCUGGUGGCUAUUGCAUUGUGCUUCCAAACAUAUGUCACGGGAUCGAAAAUCCCCAGUACUGCAGCCAUGUUUCCAUUGGUGGCAAAAUACUAGUGUCUGUAAACCACACAUUGGGUGCAUUGUACACACUGAAACUACUAAAGCAUGCCUCAUAAUUAAAUUGUUGUUUUGGCAGGUUAAAAAGCACAGAAUUCUCUUUUGUUCACUGAUGUUCUCACUCAAUCUACACCAACCUAAUACAGGAAAUGCAUUGAUCAUUGGUUUAUGUUGUGAUUAUUCGAUGAAGUAGCAGUAGUAUAUCUGCAGCCAUUAUCUUGAAAGCUACCAUACUUUUUCGUGUACAACCCGCUCAAGGAAAACAGAAAAUUCUGAGCUAAAUUUAAGGUGCAGGUUACACGUGAAUUUUUAUGUGCAAGGUGGUCUCGCACCAAUGCAGGAAAGCUGGCAGCAACAGCGACGGCUGAAAGUGACAGUUGGUGAGGACUGGGGAAGUGACACUGGUGAUCAAAACUGAGUGAAAAUGAAAAAUGUUGCAAUAUUCGUGCAUAGUUAGUAAGGUCAUCUUUAUGAAGGCACAAAAUUAAUUUUCACGGGUGAAAUGGGUAGGCAAUACGCUGCAAUUUUUUUUAGAAAAUGUUUUCCGCAAGUUAUAUCUGGGGGUGUAGGUUAUACGCAGGUGCAGGUUACACACGAUAAAAUGUAGUGUUUCGAUACUCUGGGAUAUGCUAGAGCAUUACCAUUGACAUUUCAGAGGAGUUGUGUGUGAUUGGAUGCAUUUGACGUUUUCUCAGGAAUUGCUUGAUUUAUCGCGUAACUCAUUGCACUGUUCCCUCAACAUUAAAUGCACUUUGAAUGCAUUAUAUUUGCUGGUGUGCACCGCUAUGACUGUUAGGAUACCUUUCACACAGCAGCUGUCUUUCUUUACGAUGAAAGCUUAGAUGUGUUUUAUGUAAUGGUCAUAUUAGUAUGCCUGUGUUGCGCCUAGAUGUUCGCCUAAGUAACCAUGUGCAGUACUCUUUUUUUUUUUUUUUCAAGCCACUCUUUCUCUCUAUCCUUUAUGCGUACUACUCCUAGGCUCUAACGUAACAUUUGAUGUCACGAGGUGUUGCUGUGCCUUCUGAAUGUCACGUGAUGUAAUUAUAGCUUUGGAGUGCUUGCUCUAUUUCUUAGCACUUGAGGAGAUGGGAGUUCAAGAUUUAUUGUGAAGUGUACGAUAAGGUGUUUUGAAAUGCUUUUUAAUGCCCAGUUAUGUGUACAGUCUAUCGAUGCGUUCAUGUUUGAUGGAGGUGCAUCAUCUUUUCAACAGUGGCGCUGUACAGUGAGCACAUUGCGAUGCAUAGCUGGCAUGGAGCUUCUCCAGCAAUUUGCAGGAACUUCAGUGCAGCUUCUUAUUUUUACAUAUGCAACGAAGCAGGCAGGUUUAGUGUUUCAGAGGUAAUAGGGAUGUUCACCAUGUCCAUAAAUGUGUUGACCACGAAAUAUCCAGUUACUGGAAAUGUAAUCAGCCAGUUUGGUGGUCAACCUUUUAAGCAGAGUGGGCGUGGCAUGGUUAUUACAAUUGACAGUAACCAACAACUCUUGCUGCUGUUCAUGCUGAUAGAAACGUGGUAUUGAUCAGUGAUACAUUUAUAGAAACCUAAGGCUACAGCGCCCUAGGUAGCUUUGGCUGAGGCUAUACAUUGCACGUAGCCUACCUGCAGUCUCUGUUUGACAGUCGUCCAAAGACAUAUUUCUUGUGGAGUAAUGCGUGAUGUCGCUACAUCUGUGAUUUGCAAUAAUUGCGUUAUUAUUAGCAUUUGUAAGGCACUUGUUAUUCUGAGCUCUGUCAGGGGACAUCGCUUUCCCUAAUGAUAUUCGGCAGCACUAUGUACGAGAAAUGAGGCGUCUCGAAACUUUUCAGAUGCAAAAAUGGGUGUUAAGAUUCCAAGUCUAUACUUUAGGGCCAUAUACUGUCUUCCACAGUUGCUUUCACAUUUGCAAAAUACUUGUACAAGUUUAAAUGCCACAAGAAAACCCAACAGUAGCAGUUUUCAAGAUGUGUUUUUAACACACUGUGCAGAAUGUGUUCUUUAGUGUUUUGAAUCCUGAUACCUUUGCUUGCACUAAGUGUUUAAGUGAAAUAUAUAUCUUAGAGAAAUUUUAUUUAGCUUUAAUCACAUAAUAUAUUGCCUUCCUGUUUAUUUUAUCCUGGCUGAUCCCUGCUGUUAACAGAAGCCACGAGCGCAAAAUCGAAAUACGUAGCUCAGUGCAGCAAAAGCAGGAUGAGUAUUUCGCUGUUUCCUGGCUUCACUUCUAACAUAUACGAUUGCGCGGAAGAUGUGAUUGCAAUAAAUGUACUUGCUUUUGUUAUCUUGUGUUAACUGUACAGUGCCUUGAGGUUCAACUGAACCCUUUGAGGGUCAAAGGCGUACAUUGUACGUUAACAGCCACAAGACGGUCAGAGACGUACGUGUACGUCAUUGCCUGUACACUUAAAAUGCAUGCCUUUUUCGAUCAUUUCUCUUGCUUUGCAUGUGCUGCCACACUUCAGGUAUACUUGGAAUUUUUUUCUGGUGCCGAUGCCUCUCCAUUCUUUUUUAAUGCUCUACUACAGCGGUGUGCCGGCUGGUUUCGGUUUCGUCCUUUGGCCGGUUCUCGCUUAUUGCGCCUGCAAAACUGACGGCUUUCUGGUUUAGAAUAUUUCAGAAGGUGAUGAAUUUGUUACUAUCUCAUUUAUUGCUCCUCGGUAAGCGAUUGCGCCUGUUUCCGUGGGCGCUCACUGACACAAACGAUGCUGCUGUGGUUGGGUUUCCUGUUUCGGGAACUCGCAAAAUCCGCUUCUGUUUCGUUGGCAAUAAGACGAAUGAUGGUUUUGGACUUGUUUUUGCUUUCCAGACGCGCUCACAACUACACAAUUUUCUUCAGUGCACUCCCUCCCCGCGCAGUUUGCUUGCACUAUGGAAGUGCGUGCCAGUUCCUUGGCUGCAAAAGUGAGUCUAGCGGCGAUUCCUCCGAAUCGCAGCUCGACUGGCGAAUCAGAAUCUGAUUCAGUAAAUGUCAGUCCGUCAUACGAGGCGUUACUUAUGAGUUAAGGUUCGGAUGCUGAUGGGCGAGCAACAUUCUCAAAAGCGUGCGCAGCAAGACGAUGCUGACUAGAUAAAGAGUGUCUUUUCUUCCUCCGUAUU